GUCGCGCUUGCGCGGUGACCCACAGAUGAGCUCGCUUGGACUUCGCAACUUUAUUGAAUUUGCGCGCGGCGUAUAAUCGUUGCUAUGGCUGAGCUGGUUCAGGCCUCGCAGUCCAGGAGCAGUCUGCUGCAACAGCCCCCAGCCAGCGGCCAGAGCGGGACCUCUGCAGCGGCAGCCAGCAGCAGUAGUGAUCCGGCCCGGCCCGGCCUUAGCCAGCAGCAGCGGGCCAGUCAGAGGAAAGCUCAAGUCAGAACCCUUCCCCGGGCCAAGAAGCUCGAGAAGCUUGGAGUGUUCUCGGCUUGCAAGGCAAAUGACAUCUGUAAAUGCAAUGGGUGGAAGAACCCCAACCCACAGACCGCACCAAGGAUGGACCUUCAGCAACCUGCAGCCAGCCUGAGUGAGCCAUGCCGAAGCUGUGGGCACUCGCUAGCUGACCACGUGUCGCAUCUAGAAAACGUCUCUGAAGAUGAAAUCAAUCGUUUGCUGGGCAUGGUAGUGGAUGUAGAAAACCUCUUUAUGUCUGUUCACAAGGAGGAGGACACGGACACCAAACAAGUUUACUUUUACCUGUUUAAGCUUCUAAGAAAAUGUAUCCUACAGAUGAUCCGACCAGUGGUAGAAGGCUCUCUAGGUAGUCCACCCUUUGAAAAGCCAAAUAUUGAACAGGGAGUAUUGAAUUUUGUGCAGUACAAAUUUAGCCACCUGCAGCCAAAAGAACGUCAGACAAUGUACGAACUCUCCAAAAUGUUUCUUCUUUGUUUAAAUUACUGGAAGCUGGAAACCCCUUCACAGUUCCGUCAGCGGUCACAAAGUGAGGAUGUAGCAACGUAUAAGGUUAAUUACACUAGGUGGUUGUGCUAUUGCCAUGUCCCUCAGAGCUGUGACAGCUUGCCUCGAUAUGAAACGACACAUGUGUUUGGCAGAAGUCUGCUCCGCUCUAUCUUCACUGUAACACGCAGACAGCUGCUGGAAAAGUUCAGGGUGGAAAAGGAUAAAUUGGUUCCAGAGAAGAGGACACUUAUUCUCACACACUUUCCCAAGUUUCUUUCUAUGUUGGAAGAAGAGAUCUAUGGUGAAACCUCUCCCAUAUGGGAAGCUGAUUUUACAGUCCCCAACACAGAAGGUCCACAACUAGUAUCUCGUCCAGCUGCAGUGAAUACCACCACCACCCCUAGCACGCCACUCUUCAGCAACAACCUAAACAACAACUCAUCCCUGACCUCCAAUGGGGAUGCUGGGAUUUCUGAACCCAUGCCAGGAGAAAAAAGGAAACUAUCAGACAGUAUGACCCUGGAGGAUGCUAAAAGAAUUCGUGUGAUGGGCGAUAUACCCAUGGAGCUGGUUAACGAAGUCAUGCUAACGAUCACAGACCCUGCUGCCAUGCUGGGCCCUGAUACCAGCUUAUUAUCGGCUAAUGCUGCCCGAGAUGAAACUGCUCGUUUAGAGGAGCGAAGAGGAAUCAUAGAGUUUCAUGUGAUUGGAAAUUCUCUGUCUCAGAAGUCUAACAAGAAGAUCCUCAUGUGGCUUGUUGGGUUACAGAAUGUUUUCUCUCAUCAACUUCCUCGAAUGCCUAAAGAAUACAUUACCCGGCUCGUGUUUGAUCCGAAACACAAAACCCUGGCUCUCAUUAAAGAUGGCCGUGUUAUUGGGGGAAUCUGCUUCAGAAUGUUCCCCACUCAAGGCUUUACAGAGAUCGUGUUCUGCGCAGUGACUUCAAAUGAGCAAGUCAAGGGAUAUGGCACACACUUGAUGAAUCAUUUAAAGGAAUACCACAUUAAGCACAACAUCCUGUACUUCCUGACAUAUGCAGAUGAAUACGCCAUUGGAUAUUUUAAAAAGCAGGGGUUUUCAAAGGACAUCAAAGUUCCAAAGAGUCGAUACCUGGGUUAUAUCAAGGAUUACGAAGGUGCCACCCUGAUGGAAUGUGAGCUCAACCCUCGCAUCCCUUACACAGAGCUCUCCCACAUCAUCAAGAAACAAAAAGAGAUCAUUAAGAAAUUGAUUGAACGUAGACAGGCUCAGAUCCGCAAAGUAUAUCCUGGGCUUACCUGUUUCAAGGAGGGAGUACGACAGAUUCCAGUUGAAUGUAUCCCAGGCAUACGAGAAACUGGCUGGAAACCAUCUUGCAAAGAAAAAGGGAAAGAAAUUAAAGAUCCAGACCAAUUGUAUAAUGUCUUGAAGAAUCUGCUGGCACAGAUAAAGACACACCCAAGUGCUUGGCCUUUCAUGGAACCUGUGAAGAAAUCUGAAGCCCCAGAUUACUAUGAAGUUAUCCGGUUUCCGAUUGACCUGAAAACAAUGACUGAGAGGCUGAAGAACAGAUAUUAUGUGACCAAAAAGAUCUUUAUUGCUGACCUGCAGAGAAUAAUCACUAAUUGUCGAGAGUACAACCCACCAGACAGCGAUUACUGCAAAUGUGCCAAUACGCUGGAAAAAUUCUUCUAUUUCAAGCUGAAGGAAGGCGGGCUGAUAGAUAAAUAAUUCCACUGGGAAACCCAUCUAUACAACAAUCAUUUCAUUCCUUUCCCAUUAAGUUUGGUACAAAGCCUCAGUUGCAAAUCAGCCUUAUGAAAUGCGUGGACACGUGGGCUCAUGUAUGUUUAUCACCUUCUUAAAGGAGUGCGCGCUUUGUUACAAGAAACGGGAUGGUAACACCUCAGUGUGUACAAGCAACAGUGGAGCCUGGCUGUUAUUCCACAACGUUCUCUGCACUUUUGGGCUGAUUUACCGGUUUUGACAGUACAGCUACUGCUGUUCUCAGGAUUAGUGGAACCUUCUAUCAUUCCAAGAAAUGUUCCAAAGCCUGAUGAGUUUGCAACAUUAAUUUAUUUGCCCUAAAGAAACAAACAAGAAUACUGUAACGCCUCCAUUGAGGAUAAUGUUAAUCUUUCAUUUCAUUACUUCAGGGAGCAAUACAGGGGCAGUAUGAUUACACAGUGGAUGUUCUCCCUGACACUAUGAAAUUGCUACUCUUGAAAUAGAACCUACUUAAGGUUUUAUAAACGACCUACAUCUGUAUGGUUUACAGUGUGCAUCACCUUCCCUCGCAUACUUGCAGAUAUGAAUUGGUAUUUGUUCUUAGUGAUAUCUGACAUACUAGUAUUAGAUGUAACUGGCAAAAUAAAAUCCUCUCCAUAGACCAAUAGCAACUGUGCACUCAUUUAAGUCAGAAUAGAAGGAGUGCACAGGUUAACUGGCAAUAUAUGUAAUCCAUUACAUAUAGAAUUGUGACUGGCAUUAAGUGGUUUGUUUCAAAAGAUGACUGAUGUAAUUUACCAUGGUAAAUUUUGUUACUGCUAAUUUUUGUUGGAUGUAAUUUAUAUGCCUUGUAGUCGCAUACGGAUUGUUUAGGCACACUUCAAUACAUGGUAUUACUUACUAUACUGAAAGUUGUGGGGUGAGAUGUCACCCCUUGAAAACAUGAACUGCAUGUCCUAGUGGGACUGAUUUUGAUUUGUUUUUGGGGGGGUUUCCUCUGGUACUGUGAGAAAAAUGUACAAUUUGGUUUGCAUGCACUGAGUUCAGAAUACAAGUUGCUUUAUAUGAAUAUGACUGCUAUAUAAAUACCACUGCUAACCACAAAAUAAAUGUGUAAAUAUCUUAGAAGCCUGACAAAACGAAUAGUUUGGUUUGCAAGUCUAUUGAAGACACUGCAUGCGUAGGCCCCUGAAAGGACACCAAACACCAUUUUCUUUGCAUUAUAAAGUCAAAUUUUUCUAGAAACCCUAGUCAAUUGCGGGCAUUUUCACCCGUUUGGAAUACAUUUUCGCCAUGCCGUUUUUUUGUUUUUUUUCCCCACUCUUUGCAUACCCCCUCCCCCUCCCUAAUCCUGUUGCAGCUGAUGUGAAUAGAAAUUCUGAAACAUGGGGGAGAAAGAGCAAUAAUUGAAAAAAUUCCCUGUGGCAGCAUAGUGUGACUGUUCUAUGAGAACCAGAAUACAAAAGCUCUAUGCAUUAAUUCUGUCUGUAUGGCUGUAGCUGUGGGCAGAGCUAUAGCUUUAAAUGUGGCUGCAUUACAUGGGCAUAAACUGAGUUUUCCAAUAUAACACCUGGUUUCAUAAUCUAAGUUCAGCCUGAGAGGAAAAAAACAAACGUUUCCAUGCUUGGGCUUGAAUUUAGACAGUCAACUUAGUAUUUAUACUUGUGGUUCAGUGUGCUCCCACCUAUUGAAUUGCUGUCAGCUGGGAUGCGGUCAACAUCCCGCUGGACGGGAUCCCGGCAGUCUAAAUACCGACGCCGGAAUCCCGACCGCCACAAUCCCGACAUAUUCUCCCUCCGUGGGUGUCCACGACACCCAUAGAGGGAGAAUAUAAUAGUGUGCAAGGGGCUGCGUUCCGCUCGCCACCCCUGUCGGGAUUGUGUGGUCGGGAUUCCGGCGUCUGUACUUCGACCGCCGGGAUCCCGUCCAGCGGGAUUACGUACUGAUCCCUGUCAGCGGUGUUCUGCAGUGACUAAAGCUAGCCAAACUCAUCAUGAUAUAAUCUGUACUCUGGUUAGGUUGGAAUCUGCAGUGUAUGUGGUUAUCUUACAACCACAUUGAGCACUGCGAUGGAGGGAAUAGCAUCCAGUACCUUCCAGAUUGGACAGUUUGAUGCUCACCCAUUUGACAGAAUUGGUCAUUUUGUCCAGCAUUGAACCUGUGCUCUGCAGUGUUCUUCACUGGGGUUAGUGGCAACAGUACUGGUUUGUAUAGGAAAAAACUCACCCAUACAAUCCCAACCUUGUCUUGUGAUAUCUUACAGUAAGGCUGGGUACACAUUAGGCGAUAUAUCAUUCGAUGUAGCGUUCCAACACAGAUCGGAACUAUAGAUCAGCCAGAUCGUCUAGUGCAGGCAUGUCCAAACUGCGGCCCUCCAGCUGUUGAGAAACUACACAUCCCAGCAUGCCCUGACACAGCUUUAGCAUUCUAUGACAGCAAAACUGUGUCAGGGCAUCCUGCGAUAUGUAGUUUCACAACAGCUGGAGGGCCGUAGUUUGGACAUGCAUGGUCUAGUGUGUAUGGCCAAUCACACACGCCCAAUGGGACGAUGCUGGCAACAACUGCAUGCAUUCUAAAUGUGGCCUUGAACAAUAUAUCGCUCGGUCGCGUGACAUAUCGUUCAGUGUGUACGGACGGCUGAUAUAUCGUUAUAUCGGUCGUGCUGCCAGCUGGUGUAGACAUAGUGUGUACCCAGCCUAAGUUUUAAUAAACUUCUGAAACUCUAAUUUAUUUGUAUGUGUUAUUUCAGCUUUCAUAUAAGCCAACUUGUAUUCAGUUACUGAUGCUUUAAUCUACAGUCAAAGGCAUAAAGUAUUUGGGUCCUUUUUGAUAAACCUUUUCAUUAAUCCAUGUGGGAAAAUCACAGAACUAGAGGGUGCAAGUUGCUCACAAUUCUCUAUUCUAUGAUUACAUGAUUUUGUUUUUGUGUAGCAUACAAAAUGUCCUUUUUAUAGCCAGCCAAAAGAUACACAUUCAUAUAUGUUAGUACAUACAGUAUGUGUUAAGAAAUAACAUGUUCAGUAUUGCUGCCAUGAGCAAUAUUACACAAAGUAGAAUGUGUCUGUUACACUAGGAAAUAGCACAUUUUAUCUGCAUGUACUGCACCAACCACAGGCCCACAAGAUAGAGCCUACAUCAUGAUGAAAAAGAUCUGUACUUUAAAUAUGAAAGAAAUAGCCUGAACAGAUGAGAAUCACCAUACAUCUUUCCUUUUAAGGGACCUGUGACCUUUAUACAAACAAAAGUAAGUUUUCUUCUUAAUCUCAUAUGUUUAGUUGAAAAGAAAAUGACCAAAUAAAUCCAUUGCAUUCUCAUCUGUCCCUAAGGUGGCGAUUAGAAGGACCGCUUCACUAUCGCAUUGGGAGCAGUCUUUAUCAGAUCUGUAAUUCAGGGAUAUACAGAUGUCGUCUUGGAAUAUGUUAGAUUGUGCAGAAAAGCUCUGCCUUACUCCUUGGCUCUAGAAUCAAGUAUAAAGCGCAGGUUCUCAAACUCUGCCCUCAGGACCCCACACAGUGCAUGUUUUCCAGGUCUCUUCACAGAAUUGCAAGUGAAAUAAUUAGUUCCACCUGUGGAUCGUUUACAAUGUGUCAGUGAGUAAUGAAUACACCUGUGCUCCUACUAAUUGACUUGGAAAAAGUGAGCUGUUUGAGGUUCUGAGGACUGAGUUUGAAAACCACUGGUAUAAAGUGUUGGAGCAUUGUUGUCAGAGCCGUAACUAGGUGUGUGCGGAGUGUGCCACUGCACAUAGCGCUGCAGGGUAGGGGGUGCUGUUGGCAGCACUUGUCAAUUAUCUGUUUUAAUUACUUUCCCUUGUAGCUUGCCCCCUUUUUUGAAGCCCAGCAUCUACUGACCACCCGUCUCCUUCCCCCACUACUUUUGUCGCUAAUAUCUACACAACAUUCAUGAACUUAACUUGAGAGCUCUUUAUUAUUAUUUAUCAUUUUAGUCACGCUGUCCUUCAUUACACUUCAAGAUGCUGAAAUAAUAAUAAUAAUAAUAAUAAUUUUAUUUAUAUAGCGCUCUUUCUCCAAUAGGACUCAAGGCGCUUACCUGGGAUUUAACCCAUUGCCUGUGGCAUUGCAGUCAGACACUCUAUCCAUUGAGCUACCUGCCCUUUGCAUAGAAAACUAGAGAAUUUUAAGCUAGAGAAUUGAAACUAUUUGAAGGGGUGUAGUAUGGUAUGACGGCGGACGGGCUCCCGGCGACCAGCAUACCGGCGCCGGGAGCCCGACCGCCGGCAUACCGACAGUGUGGCGAGCGCAAAUGAGCCCCUUGCGGGCUCGCCACGCUGCGGGCACGCUGUGCGCAGCACGCGAUUUUAUUCUCCCUCCAGUGGGGUCGUGGACCCCCACGAGGGAGAAUAAGUGUCGGUAUGCCGGCUGUCGGGAUUCCGGCGCCGGUAUACUGUGCGCCGGGAUCCCGACAGCCGGCAUACUGAAGACCACCCAUUUGAAGCUUAUCUUGUGAAAAAAUGAUCAGCAUUGUAACUGAGCAGAUCUAUGUAGUGUGUGGCUGCAAGGGAUUGGAUGUGUGUCUGCACACUACAUAGAUCUGCUCAAUUACAAUGCUGAUUGUUUUUAUACAAAGUGCAAGUAGCGUCAUAUAGUUAGAAAUCUCAUUGUUUUUGAGCAGGAUCAAAUAGCUAAGUGAGUAGGGUGUUUGACUGGAAUGCAACAGGUUAUGGGUUGGAAUCCCCAGUAUGGCAGUAUAUUGAAAUGCGUUAUCUAAUAAAAAGGAUAUUGUGACUGAAUAACAACAAGCUCUCAAGUUAAGUGUAUGAAUGUGGUAAAAAGUAUGUGUCCAAAUUUUGCCAUGCCCCUUCCCCAUGAUGGCAUGAGACUUAUGUUCCUACUGGAGAAAUGGAAAGUGCACCAGUUCUCUUUCUGGCACAGGGCACCAAAAAGUCUAGUUACAGCUCUCAUUGUUCAUGGGAAGGGCCACAUAAACCAAUAUUUGCUUGGAUGGAUUGUGUUCCUACAGGCAUUUUUUUACAUCUGUCUCUGAUUUUAUGUUACAUAAGAACACAGUACAUGUUAGCAAAAAGAAGAAAAAAAAUAUAUAUAGUCUAUUAAAUAUAGGUACCACCCUCCCCUCCUGUAUUCUUUUGAUGCAGAUUAGAAUUUGUCUGUUCUGUUUUUCCCCCUGCCUUUACCGCUGUUGUUUUUAAUAUUUUUAUGUGUUAAUAAGCGGCAUGCACACACUUCCAGUAAUCCCUUCCUUUCAGGCCUGAUCUGGCAGUGAAAGUCGGUGGUUCUGGGUGCCUGAACUGUUCAGUCCUCUUGUGCCUGUGAGCUCUGCAUUUCAUAGACUUACUGCCACGCUGCUCUAUUUGUAGCAACAAUGGAAAAGCACCACCAGUUUGCCAGUAAAUUACAGUCCACUGUGCCAUUACCUGGGCAAAGGAAAAUGUUCUGUGCUGCAUACACAAAUUUAGGUUGCUGUGGUUUUGCUCAUCAGUUACUAUUUAUCCCAGGCCUAUUUCCUGUUAAUAGCUACAGCACUGCUCAGCUUACAGCAGGUUGUAAAAAUCAGCCACUGGAAAUUGUAUAUUUUCAGGCUGUGCUUACACAUAUGGUUUUUAGUAGGAUCAUUCCUCCUGACCAGAAAUAACUUCACACUAUUACAGUAGGUGCACCUAUUGCCUGUACCGAGUGGAGGUAGACAUUUUCUUGUAAUAUAGUCAGUCAGUUACUAUGGGCCACUUGGAAGGCAGCAUAUGUAUGAGCUUGAAUAAAUAUUAGAAUGCAGCUGAUCAGUUUAGUAGGAAGCAGUUUUUAGCAAUGCCAUUGGCCGCUAGGUAAAUGAUCAUUUUACAUUAUCACAAAUGUUGGUUUAGCACACAAAAUGGCUGCCCCUACCAUGUGCAGACAACUGGUACACGUUAAAGCUUUGAUCCUAAUAAUAAAGACCUCAAGUGAAAAAGUGACACAAUUGUUUCAGUUAUGGAUUAACAUACGUGGCCUUUGUGUCUGCAUUGCUCUGCUUCUAUGGUGUCGUGUUCUGCUAAUUGUAAGGAAGCCUUCAUAAUAGAAUUCUGAUGUAUACUGUGACAUUUUGUUCACUACCAGGUUGACAACAAACCACAAGCAACUUAAAUCUGUAAAGCUGUAUGAAAGCAAAAUCAGUGAUAACUGGUGUCUCAGUUUGUGAAAAUAAUCUGCUCACAGGCCCAAAUCCUUUAUUCUCACAGAUAGGUAUUCCUCAAACUUAUUCACGGCAGAGUGUAAUGGUAUUCUGAAAAUGGUUAUACAUGAACUAUAAACAUGUAGUAAUGCAUGUCAUGCCCCUGUUUACAUCUGCCACUGUUAGAUCUGAGGCGUACACAACUAUUGCACCAUGCCUUGCCUACACAGGUUGUAUGUGUUUAUUCAUAUCAUGACACUGCACAGGGGUCAUGGUAGGGUGCGGUCUCUAAACACAUUGCCCAUAACAGAAGGGAUGGCUUGUAUCCAAUACCAGUAUACACUACAAUAUUUUUUUUAAAUACCCUUUUUUGUGUAGGUGGCCAUUGCCUGAGAUAUAUCUGUGAGUGUGUAGCCUAUCCAAUCCUGAAGUGACAGAAUGCAUUUUAAUAAGUGUUACGUCCACAUAACAUGUACCUGCUAUGGGUGCUUCAACCUCCCAACUCUUGCCAUAGCAAUCUACAGCCUAUAGAAAGCCGUACAACUAUUUUAACUUCAAAAUAGUUUUUCUGACUCGCUAUACAGCAGCAAGCUUAAUGGCACUGAUUGUCUUUAUAAAUGUCAACUCCAACAUUGCACUUUGUACAUUUGGACAUGUACUGUAUGUUCUUCACCAUUUCCAUUGCACAUUGUGGGGCAGAUUUAUUAAGCC